AUAUUUGCACUAGAAAUCAUCCAAUGUGUAUUUCCAAUAAAAAAAUAUUGAAAUAAGUUUAAUGUGGAAAAAUUGGACCUUAACAAGUUUAGUACUCCGCAGCUCUUUGAAAAGUGUCUACGGCGUGCAGGGUCAAUGUACGGUGCCUCUUUGCUGACAUAUCAAAAAUACAAAUUAAAAAAUGCAUGAGUUCUCCAAAACAUCACAUGGCUACAACUAUUCUUUUCGUUGAAAUAUUCCUUUAAUUUGAGAGAAUAAUUAAACCUCGGUUUUUUCCCUCUUGCAUUACGAAAUCAUUAAUUUCUAAAUUAAUUUAGUGAAUAUUCCUCUGGAAUUUGAACAGCUAGGCCUCUCUGAGGUCAGCUGUUUUCAAGGUCACUCAAGUGCUAGUGUCAAUGCCGCGCCACGGGUCUUGCUAUCUGUGAUUGUCACCUGUUGUUUCACAAUCUAAAGUCUGAUCAUUUUGGACUAGAAGUCAAUCUCAUGCCUAAACAAAGCAGGAGAAGAAAAAUGGCGGAACCAGCCAUAUCCAGUGACGAAGGACGGGAAUCCGAUCCAAUCAACGUCAAUCGUCCGAGCGCCGCGGCGCAGACGACCAAGGGUUUCAAUGCAGUCGUCGUCAACUCCGGGUUCUACAUCGGUACGAUUGUGAGUUUCCUGCUCGCGUCUCUUGUUCCGGGCCUACCCAAGCUACCCUUCCCGGUCAUCGGCUGCAUGGUCACCGCUAACUCCGGUAGCUUCGGUCGCUGGCAGCCCGGUGGCCAGGUCAUCUUGAUGGUCCUGUACGUGGGCCACUUCAUUCGAAGAACCGCGGAGGUCCUGUUCGUGCACCGGUACAAGAGAAAAAUGCCCCUCGGGGAAACGCUGGGCGCUCCGGUCUACUACUGGACUUUUGGUUUCUGGGCGGGGUGGGCCUUACGCCCCGACCUGGGAUACAUCAACACCCACGUGGCCCUCUUUGUUGCCGGAGCCAUCAUCUUCAUUGCUGGGGAGGUCGGGAACUGCGCCGCCCACAUCCAGCUGAGAAGGCUCCGCGGCGGUGACCGAAAGAGGGAGGGGCAGCAAGCUCCGCCCAGUGGCCACGUGAUCCCGAGGGGCGUGCUCUUCUCCCUGGUGUCCUGCCCACACUACACUAGUGAAAUCAUCUCGUGGGUGGGAUUCUUCCUGGCAACUUGGACCCUGAAUGGAGCCCUAUUUCUUCUUGCAACAGUCAUAACUUUGAUAUUUUACUCCACCAAGCACCACCGGCGGUACAAGGAGGAAUUUGACGGACGGGACGGGAGAGAGCUGUAUCCCACGUGCCGAAAGGCACUCAUUCCGUUUAUUUUUUGAAGAUAUACGUACGGACCCAAAAUUGAUAAUCAAAAACUGAUAGAUUUUCAAUAUGGGAUCAUUCUCAUUGACAUGAUUUUUUUCUUGUCAUCUUUUUGAUAUGAUACCAUUAUUCAUAAUGCCGGGGAUUGUCCUAGAAAUAGCAACUUAAUGAAAGCGGACAUUAAAAAAAAAACACCAACAGAACCCAAUCCAUCAAGCCCCAAUGGCAUGUUUUGUUGGAAUUUGUCAGGAUGGUAUACACAGUACCCCUAAACUGACAGUCUUUUACAUUGGGUGGGCACACCUCCAGAAACAGUACCCCUAAACUAACAGUCUUUUACAUUAGGUGGGCACACCUCCAGAAACAAAGUCAGAAAUGUAUAUUAAGUGUGUGCAGCCUGUUUCCCACAUGGUGUUGGAAUUUGACAGGAUGGGUAUGGCUCCUAAAUCAUGCUAGCCGAAGUUAGGGUUCUGCUUUAAUUGAAUCUGUAUAUGCAUUGUGUAUCUGUUUUCAUUUUGAUUUAAGUGAUGUAUCGUUUAGUUUUUAUCUUCAUAUUGUUGAUUCAGCUCUGCAAACACUGAUUGGAUCAGGAAAAAAUGAAAUAUAAAUUUAGACAAAGUGAAGUAUAAUGGCAAGCACGUCAUGUACGUAACCUGAAUACAUGCAUCACAAAAUUAUGAUAUUUUUUUUUAUUAGUGAAUAGUAUAAUAAAACCUUGCACGAGUUCAAUAUUGCAAAGGACUUCAACCCGUUUAUCAGCAACAGAAAUUGGACUUUGUACUAAUCAGUGUCUUGUGUUAAUGUGGCACCUAACAUGUCAGUUGAUAGUGAAAUAAAAAUUAGAUACUUCACACACUAUAAUUUCAUUAAAAAACUUGUCCGUCAAUUGUUAUCUAAAUAAACAUGUCACGCGCCGAUUCUGUUUUCAAAAGUGAUAU